GGGGACAAGAAAAAGGAGGGGGAAGGGGAGGAGAGAAGAUCAGGAGAGGAAAGGAGACGUCAAGGAAUUAGUAGAGUUCGCUCGCGAUCAGAAUGGCGGCGGCCGUGGCGUCCCUGUACCGGCGGGUCCUCCCGUCGCCGCCGGCGGUGGACUUCGCCUCACAGGAGGGCAAGCGCCUCUUCGCGGAGGCCCUCGCGGCCGGCACCAUGGAGGGGUUCUUCCCCCUGGUCUCCUAUUUCCAGACGCAGUCCGAGCCGGCCUUCUGCGGCCUCGCCUCCCUCUCCGUCGUCCUCAACGCGCUCGCGAUCGACCCUGGCCGCCGCUGGAAGGGCCCCUGGCGGUGGUUCGACGAGUCCAUGCUCGACUGCUGCGAGCCCCUCGACAAGGUUAAGGCCCAGGGCAUCACCUUCGGCAAGGUUGCCUGCCUCGCGCACUGCUCCGGCGCCAACGUCCAGUCUUUCCGCGCCAACCGGGCCACCAUCCACGACCUCCGCCGCCAUCUCAUCCGCUGCGCCUCCUCUCAGGACUGCCAUCUCAUCGCCUCCUACCACAGGGAGCCUUUCAAACAGACUGGAACCGGCCAUUUCUCCCCAAUCGGUGGCUACCAUGCCGGACAGGAUAUGGCGCUCAUCUUGGAUGUCGCACGCUUCAAAUAUCCUCCUCAUUGGGUUCCAUUGUCACUUCUUUGGGAAGCCAUGAAUACGACCGAUGAAUCAACUGGACUUCACAGGGGGUUCAUGCUUAUAUCAAGGCACACGGCAGCUCCUUCAUUGCUGUACACAGUGAGUUGCGGAAAUGAAAGCUGGAAAAGCAUAGCAAAGUAUUGUGUUGAAGAUUUACCAAAUCUUUUGAAGGCUGAGAGUCCAGACGAUGUUCCAACACUUUUGUCCCAUUUAAUUGAGUCUCUUCCAGCUAAUGCUGGAGCAUUGAUCAAAUGGGUUGUUGAAGUUAGGAGAAAAGAGGAAGGCAGGCCAACCUUGAGCAAAGAGGAGAAAGAAAGGCUAUUUUUGAAGGAAAAUGUAUUGCAGCAGGUUCGUGAUACCAAGCUAUUUACGAUAGUCCACGGUCAACAAUAUGCUAAGAAUCCAUGUUGUAAGUGCUCAUCGUCAAGUGAAGAAGAUUCCCUUAAUAGGAUUGCAGCUGCUGUGUGCUGUCAAGGAGCCGCAAUUCUAUCAGGGAACCUUGCAUCAAGAGAUAGUUUCUGCUGCAGACAAACAAGUUUGAAAUGUGUACAGGCGAAUGGAGAUGAGCUUAAGACUGUUAUCUCAGGCUCCGUGGUAUCUGAAGGCAAUGAACAGGGUGUUGAUAUGAUUUUACCAAUGUCCCCACCCAGCACCAGUUCAUGCAAUUCAAGGUUGAACAGUGAAAUCAUGAAAUAUCCAUCAAACGCAGAUGUUCUAACUGUUCUACUGCUGGCUUUACCUCCCAGCACAUGGUUGAGCAUCAAAGAUGAGAGGUUGAAAGCCGAAUUUCAGACUCUUGUUUCAACAGACAGUCUACCUGAUGAUCUUAAACAGGAGAUAUUGCAUCUAAGGCGGCAACUCUAUUAUCUGAAGGCUUAUAAAGAAGAGGAGGAAUACAAAGAUUCUAUGCCAUCAUCUCCUUAGCAGCUAUGCUAAAGCGGCAAUCUGCUCACGGCUCAAUUUAUUGGAAAUUGAUGUCGCGAAAGUUAGCAGAAAGUGGUUCCUGAAAUCAAGCAAGCGGAUUCCGAUAGUAGUUAUGAUGUAAAAAUCUUAUUCAUUGGUUGUGGUGCUACUCUCUCUUUACAUUGGGAGAGGCUAUUGUCUUUUUAAGCGAUGUGCUAGUUUUUGAAGAUAAAUGCAACCAUUUCUUCUUGAA